UGUGAGGUUCUGAAUCACACACGUGUCUCUCUGCCCAGCCUGAUGGAUAGACCUUCAUCUGACCUUCACCUGGUACUUUGUCUCCUGGCACUUCUCUGCAUCCAUGGGAAAGGUCAAGUUGUAACGGGCUUGAACCCCCCAUGUGAAACUCAGAUGAUGGUCCAGAGAGGCACGGUAUGGAAAGCUGUCCCGCAACAGCACCUGACAAUCAACUGCACCAUGAAAUACUGCAGGGAGCCGCCACAUGUCAUCUGGUGUAAACUUCAGGACACAGACACAUGUGCACCAGUAAAUGAUACAGGGAAUAUUGGAACAAGACAAACUGACUUCUACGACAAGAAUAAACUGAUCUCGUUUUUGAAUUUCAAACCAGUCUCCAUCCAUGAUGAGGGCUUAUACAGAUGUGAAACAAAAGGAUCCGUAUAUUUACUCAGCCAUACAAUCAAUGUCACAUUUUCAGAUGUCUCACCUGACUCACCAAAUGUCAGUGAUGAUGAGGUGUCCAGUCUGCCCUGGCUGCCCUACAUCAUCAUCAGUAUUAGUGUUGUGCUUCUGGUCUUCAUAGUGAUUGUGGCCACCCUACUGAGCUUUUACCGCUGUAACCGAUUGAUGAACAACCAGACAAAGGGCGAGGAAAUAUCCACUCUUAUGCUACCUGACAUCCCCAAAGACACCAUUCCCUCUGCUCCUGUCCUGCAAGCCCACAUGUCCAAUCUGUAUGACAACUACCCUCGCAACAACACCGGGACAUCACAUUCCCUGAUGACAGGAGGAAGCCGGCCUGUGGAAAGCACAGCAGGAGAGGAUCAAAGGUCAGGCUAUCUAGUGUACGCCACCCUCAACCACCCUCCCUCUGGGACGCCUGUCCGAGCCCCGCACACCACAACUCAACAAGAUGAACACACAGACUAUGCUGCCAUCAGAUUCUCUUGAGCCGUUUUUCAUUGUCUCUCCCAUAAAGGUUGGAUUUUAUGACUUCUUUCUCACACACAAAUAUUGCAUCCAGUGUAGACGAAAGCAGAUAGACAAUGCAUGGGAACACGCACACACCACUUUGUGCUGGUGUCAUGGAAACAGGGAAAAAGUUUAACCAGUGAGCAGAGGAGGCUGUGGUAAUGUGGAGGUCGGAGAGCUGCAGUGUGUCAUCCUAAAUAAAUCUUUCAUUGUGUGACAUCAGUUGUGUUUGAGCAGCUAAAAUAGCAUUUUUUGGCUUGUCACAAGCCACUUGUUGUAUUUCGCCCAUGUGAGCUUUGAGUAGAUUUCAGUAGAUGGAUGCCUUUUUUAAUCUAUUUAUAUAAAUGACUUUAUUUGAUGUAAUCUGUAUUUGUUGAUCAAAACUUUCUAGGUUUGUAUUUAAAGAAAAGAGCAGUUUGUGAGAAUGUGAUUUUGACAGGUGUACUGUAUGUGCGUUGGCUGCGCCUGUGCUUGUAACACAAGUGCUGUGGUUUGGGGGCUUUCCGUCGCUUGUACAGCAAUGUUCCACUGUGCAUUAUAAGCCCUGACUUUCCAUACGUAGAUUUUCUAAUGUGUACGUGGGGCUGCGGAAACGUAAUGUACUUUAAAUGGAAAAUGAAGGUGGUGCUUCUUAUUUCGUUCGGUGUAGUUCAUACUGUGCGUCUCUCUGUUGAGAUGACUAAUUUACAGAUGACUAUUUUAAUGAGGGAAUAAUUUGCCCCCUUACUCUUCUGAAGUUUUCCAUGACACAUCUCAUCUCACCGUGCGUGGCCUGUGUACCAGAUAUAGACCCCAACGCUUAACACCGUCUCUAGAUGUAGCAGGGCAGGGUGUACUCUUGAAGCUAAACCACACCAUAGUGUGGGUUAAUCUCAAAGAACAGGAAGUUCAGGUGGUGCGGUUGGGUAAGGGGGGGGGGGUUGACUGUUGUUUUUGUGUUAUGAGCGACCCCACUCUCGGUUGACAACAGAUGGUUCAUAAAAAUGCCUAAAUGUUCAAUCAUUCCAUGUAGGAACACAUCCCAUGUUCUAAUUCACAUUAGAAGGCGAAAAGAAACAAAUUUUUUUGCAGAAAGUAUAUAUAUAUUUUUUUAAUUAAACAGAAAAAUGUGACAAUAUGCUGAUAAUGAU